AUGCAGCUCGCAGCAGCACGCCCGCUCUUCACGGCAGCCACCCGCGUCGGCGGUCGCCGCAUCGCGUCCCCUCUCGCACAGGGUGCUCGCCGCUCGUACGCCGCCGUCACCGACGCCGCCGCCAACCCGGUCAAGCGCCACGGUGGCCUCAAGGACCAGGACCGCAUCUUCAGCAACGCCUACCGCAUGCACGACUGGCAGCUCAAGGGCGCUCAGUCCCGCGGCGACUGGCACCGCACCAAGGACAUCAUCGCCAAGGGCGACGCCUACAUCAUCCAGCAGAUCAAGGACUCGGGCCUGCGCGGCCGCGGCGGUGCCGGUUUCCCGUCGGGCCUCAAGUGGUCCUUCAUGAACAAGCCCGGCUGGGAGAAGGACGGCCGCCCGCGCUACCUCGUCGUCAACGCCGACGAGGGUGAGCCUGGUACCUGCAAGGACCGCGAGAUCCUGCGUGGCGACCCGCACAAGCUCAUCGAGGGCUGCCUCGUCGCCGGUCGGGCCAUGAACGCCAACGCCGCCUACAUCUACAUCCGCGGCGAGUUCUACAUGGAGUCGGACCACGUCGAGCACGCGAUCCAGGAGGCGUACAAGGCGGGCCUCAUCGGCAAGAACGCGUGCGGCAGUGGCUACGACUUUGACGUCUACCUGCACCGCGGUGCGGGCGCCUACAUCUGCGGCGAGGAGACGGCCUUGAUCGAGUCGAUCGAGGGCAAGCAGGGCAAGCCCCGGCUCAAGCCCCCCUUCCCGGCCGACGUCGGCCUGUUCGGCUGCCCGACGACGGUCGCCAACGUCGAGACGGUCGCCGUCGCGCCGACCAUCAUCCGCCGCGGCGCGUCGUGGUUCAACAACUUUGGCCGCGAGCGCAACUCGGGCACCAAGCUCUUCUGCAUCUCGGGCCACGUCAACAAGCCGUGCGUCGUCGAGGAGGAGAUGUCGAUCCCGCUGCAGGAGCUCAUCGAGAAGCACUGCGGCGGCGUCCGUGGCGGGUGGGACAACCUGCUCGGCAUCGUGCCCGGUGGCUCGUCGGUCCCGAUCCUGCCCAAGGGCCAGUGCGAGGAGGCCCUCAUGGACUUUGACUCGCUGCGCGACCUCCAGUCGGGCCUCGGAACCGGCGCCGUCAUCGUCAUGAACAAGGAGACGGACGUCAUCCGCGCCAUUGCGCGGUUCGCCAAGUUCUACAAGCACGAGUCGUGCGGCCAGUGCACGCCGUGCCGCGAGGGCACGACCUGGCUCGAGAAGAUGAUGGACCGCAUGGUCGUCGGCCGGGCGCACGAGCGCGAGAUCGAGAUGCUGUGGGAGUUGACCAAGCAGAUCGAGGGCCACACGAUCUGCGCCCUCGGCGACGCUGCCGCGUGGCCCGUCCAGGGCCUCCUGCGCAACUUCCGCCCCGAGGUGGAGAAGCGCAUCGCCGACUACCAGGCGAAGAACGGGCAGGUCCUGUUCGGCGGCCAGCACCGCUCGGACGUCAACCCGGCAAUCGCUGUUCCGGACAACCUCGGCAUGUCGCUGCCGCUCCCGGGCGUUGGCACGUCGGUUGGCCCCUAGACGAUCCCUCGAGUCGAACCCGUUCUCUCUCUCUCUUUUGCGUUGCUCCCCCUUGUUCCAGCUGUAAUCUGCCAUCGAGCCUUCUCUCGCCGUC